UCUUUUUUCCCGGCGAAUCAGAAAACGGUCAGCUUGCGUUGCAAAAAUCAUCUGUCGUUCAGGCAUUCUCAAUAUUUUACUAUAUAUUCCGAAUAAUCCGAAGUAAAUCCCAGCCAGUCAAUCCGAUCCGCAAUGACGAACGAGGACGUGGGCACCAACAGCGUCGCCGACCGCCUGAAGGUGGGUCCGCGCGAAGGCGUCACCUAUCCGAUCCAGAUGAAGUACUGCGGCCAUUGCACGAUGCCCAUUGAGUACUGUGAGUACUAUCCGGAGUACGAGAAGUGCAAGGACUGGUUGGAGCGUCACAUGCCCGACGACUUCGAGCGUCUCAAGAUCGAGGAAGAGGCGGCUGCCGCCGAUGGGACAGAUGACGACAAGAAGCGCCAGAAGCGCGGCGGCAAGGGAUUGUUGCGCGUCAAGAAGAAGGAGGACGUGCCCAAGCGCAUAUGUGUUUCGCGAGCAGCACGUGGCAAGAAGAAGUCCGUGACUGUCGUCACAGGAUUGAGCACUUUCGAUAUUGAUCUCAAGGUGGCCGCCAAGUUUUUUGGCACAAAAUUUGCCUGCGGCUCUUCGGUGACUGGCGACGAUGAGAUCGUUAUUCAGGGCGACGUCAAGGAUGACUUAUUUGAUGUCAUACCCGAAAAGUGGGCCGAAAUUGACGAAGACGUUAUCGAAGAUUUGGGCGAUCAAAAGCGAACAUAAAUAAUUUAAUAAAAUAUAAAUUUUUUUUAGCCUA